AUGGGCAACCACAGCAUAUUCGGUGAGUUCAUCCUUCUCGGUCUUUCUGCUGACCCUCAGACCCAGGUUCCGCUUUUCAUGCUGUUUCUGGUGAUUUACCUCCUGACCCUGAUGGGGAACCUGGUGAUGCUGCUGGUGAUCAGGGCUGAUUCUCACCUCCACACUCCCAUGUAUUUCUUCUUGGGACAACUGUCUUUUCUGGACCUCUGCCAUUCAUCUGUUACAGUUCCCAAGAUGCUGGAGAAUCUACUUUCUGAAAGCAAAAGCAUCUUUGUAGAGAGCUGUUUGGCUCAGGCCUUCUUUCUGUUUGCCACUGGUGGCACUGAGGCCUGUCUGCUGGCUGUGAUGGCCUAUGACCGCUAUGUAGCCAUCGGCUCUCCUCUGCUCUAUGGCCGAGCGAUGAGUAACCAGCUCUGUGCUGGGCUGGUGUGGGGCUCCUGGGGUCUGGCCUUUGUUGAUGCUCUCAUCAAUAUCCUCAUGGCUGUCAAUUUAGACUUUUGUGGGGACCAAACUAUUCCCCACUUCAGCUGUGAGCUGUCUUCUCUCUUCCCUUUGUCUUGCUCUAAUACCGCUACCAACUUUACACUCCUGCUCUGCUCCUCUGUUUUGCAUUUCUUUGGAACAUUCAUCUUGAUCCUCUUUUCUUAUACCCGCAUUGUCUCCACCAUCCUGAGCAUCAGCUCCACCUUAGGCAGAAGGAAGGCCUUCUCCACCUGUUCCUCCCACCUCACUACUGUGGUCUUGUUCUAUGGCUCUGGUUUCCUCAGCUAUCUCUUGCCACCCUCAGGUUCUCCCCUGGAGAUGAUCUUCCCUUUACAGUACAGUGUGGUCACUCCCAUGCUGAAUCCUCUCAUCUACAGCCUGCAGAACAAGGAGGUGAAAGUAGCUAUGGGGAGAAUGUUAAGAAGAUAUGUUCACUAUUUCAUAUAG